AUGUUAUGCCCUGGAUUUGUUAAUGUUAACCAUGAAUUUCCUGUUGACGUCGUGCUUGAACCAAUGUCAAAAAGAGGAGGAGUCAUACGUACUCGGUACUUCAGUGUAUUUAAGGAUCCGAAAGAUGGGAAUUGGUGGCUUAUAACAGGCUAUAUGAAAACCGUACAAGGGUUUUGGCCGAGAAAGAUAUUCAAUGGAUUGGCAAAUUCAGCAACAUUUGGUGGCGAAGCAUUUGGCCCUGUCGAUCAACCUUUACCACCUAUGGGAAAUGGUUACCGCGGUAUCGCUGAAUUAUUAUAUGCCGCUCUUAUUCAUGAAAUUACAGUUUUGGAUGAAAAUUUUAAGGAAGAUUAUGACCCAAAAGAAACUGAGACGUAUAGUGAUGAUCCGCAAUAUAGAAUCAUUGAUUAUGGAUGGACUUAUAAAUAUGGACGUUUGAUCUUCUACGGUGGUACUACUCCACAAAUUUGA